AUGCGAGGCCAUAACUUGGUUUGGCUUCUUGCUUUAUUUUGUGUCUUCCUGGUCACCGUUCUGGCCGAGGACUGUAGUGCAGAUAAGCCUUGUGCCACUGGUUGCUGCUCAAAAGAUGGAUUCUGCGGAACAACACCUGAGCAUUGCGGCGAAGGAUGUCUCGCGAAUUGUGACUAUAAACUCGGAUGCGACGCAAAUAACCCCUGCGAAAAAGGAUGCUGUAACUCUUUCGGAUUCUGUGGCCAUGGGCCAGACUUUUGCGGCAAGGAUGUUUGUGUGAACAAUUGUGAUCGCAAAUCGGAAUGUGACCCCGGCUUCGGAUCAAAGUGGGCAGAAAGCUCGACUUGCCCUUUGAACGUGUGCUGCUCGGAAUUUUGCGGAAACACAACCGUGAAACAUAAGACCUGCUCAAAAGAUCGAUAUCUGUCAAGAAUAGUAGGCUACUAUGAAGGAUGGUCCACUCGGCGUCCCUGCCAUAGGUUUUGGCCCGAGCAGAUUCCACUUGGCGUGUACAGCCAUAUCAAUUUCGCAUUUGCCACGAUCGAUCCUGAGACCUACGAAGUUCUACCAGCCGACAAUCGGGAUAAAGAUCUUUAUAAGCGAUUGACCGCCUUAAAGAAAUAUGAUCCCAAUGUGGAAAUCCUAAUCGCAUUAGGUGGCUGGACCUUCAAUGAUCCUGGCUCUACCGCUACUGUCUUCUCCGACCUUGCUGCGUCUGAAACAAAGCAGAAGAAGUUCUUCAAAUCUUUGACCAAUUUCUUGUCAAACUACGAUUUUGACGGUGUUGAUCUAGACUGGGAGUAUCCCGAAGCCACCGACCGCAGCGGACAGCCUGAAGACUAUAAAAACUUCCCGACGUUUAUGAAAAACCUGAAGAACGCCCUAGAUGGAACAGGAGGGCGAAACACGCUUUCAAUCACACUUCCCGCCUCCUAUUGGUAUCUUCAACACUUCGACUUGAAGAACCUUGCCAAACAUGUCUCUUUCUUUAACAUUAUGUCCUAUGACAUGCAUGGUACUUGGGAUGAAGGAAAUACAUGGACAGGUGCAUACCUCAAUGCGCAUACCAACCUUACCGAGAUCAAACAAGGAAUGGACCUUCUUUGGCGCAAUGACGUGAAACCUGACCAGGUGGUGAUGGGUCUUGCUUUUUACGGCCGUACGUACACCACAAUUGGUGGUUGCGUCGAACCUGGAUGCGAAUAUGCAUCGGGAGGCCUCGCUGGAAAAUGCAGCCAUGAAACCGGCAUCCUACUCAACAACGAAAUUAUGGACAUCAUCAACGAGAAGAAUCUCAAACCUAAAUUGUAUAAGGAGGCAACCGUCAAGGUGGUCACUUGGGAUGACCAGUGGGUUUCUAUAGACGAUAAAGAAACUCUGGGCCUGAAGGCGGAUUUUGCUCGCGAGCAAUGUCUCAGUGGCAUAAUGGUCUGGGCUAUCAGCCACGACACUUCCACGGGUGACUUCUCCCGGGAUUUGGCAAAGGUAUCCAACAGACAAGUAUCUAUGCAAUUCGACCAAAUCGGCGAUAACGAUACCGUCAUCGAGAGAACCGAUCAUAGCCAAUGUCGCUGGACAGAUUGUUCACAACCUUGUCCGGCUGGGUGGUCAAUGAUCGAGCGAGCAGAUAAAUGGAGGAAAUACGACGGUGAGCCAAUGAUGGACUCCACUUAUUGCGGUGGUCUCGGCUACGCUUCAUUUUGCUGCCCACCAACAUCUCCGCUUCCAAAGUGUGGCUGGUAUGAUUAUGGCAAGGGAAAAUGUACAGCUGGAUGCCCUGACGGAAUGCUUGAGAUUGGCUCAAUACUAGAGGGAUGUGAAUUUUCUGUGCCUCAGCAGUAUCAGUCGGCUUGCUGCGCCUCCACAGAUGACGAUGGAAAUGAAUUGAAGAGCAUGGCUCUAUAUAACACUUGCGAAUGGUCUGAUUGGCCCACUUGUCCAUCCGGGUCGUGCUCCGGUACAAUGGAUACCGUACUGGUCAAUUCGAUGUGGGGUACCGGCGUUUCUAUGUGCUACAAAGAGGGUCGCGACCUCUGUUGUGAUACUUCGAAAAAGAACAAGAAAUUUGAAAACUGUGACUGGCACGAUGGCAGUGACCUGAUCCACCCCGUUACCGACAACCGUUGCUGGAACGGCUGUCCCGAGGGUCAAAUUCGGGUAGCAUCGAACAGCGAUGGUAAAUGUUUAUAUAGCGGUGCGAGCUCAUACUGCUGCGAUGGCACCGACUACACGGAGACAGAGCAUCUAUCAGAUGAUUUGCAAAAAUUCAAAGAUGAGCUUGGCGAUUGGCUUACGAACGCCAAAUGUGAACUGCAUCUGGCUAAAAGAAGUGGCGGUCUCGAAGUACGUGAGGAUCUUUGUGAGAUUGUCGCGAAGCAUUCUCUAGUAGUCAAGCUAGCUGCAAUUUUUGCUGGCUACUUGAAUUUGAGUGGUAGAACAAGCCACUAUAAUCGACUCGCCAAUAUAUGGAACAUGGUCACUGAUACAUUUGAACAUCUCAGUACCAAGUUCAUGCUUCCAUGGAUAACAUCCAAUGAUACAUAUCCAGAAUUCUAUCAACAGGGCUAUGAGGUUACUGCAAUGCACAUUUUGCAAUUGCCUGAAGGUUAUGACAAGAUGAUUGCCAAUUCCAAAGACACUAUCUUCUGCACAUUAGAUUUGUGUGAAUACGGAGAUGGUAUGUGUGAUCGGGAUGAGAGCGAUUUGGACCUCAAACGCCGUCAGGCCGAGUGGACAGAAAAGAGAGACGUGCUUAGACUUUUGGGGAAACGAGCCAAAGCAAAGAAGGAAAGCGUUCAGUGCGAAGACGAAGAUGGCACCAAAAGACAAUCCAGUAUACUCGGUUCGCAUAUCCUGGAGCAAGUGAGUGGCCCGCAACAGCUGUUCAAGUUAGAGAGGCCGUUGUUCUGGCGAAUUCGGAUAGUUGUACAAACACCGAAGUCGAGGAACAUGAAGCUUCUACGGAGGAACGGGCGCCUGGAGAGAAUAAUAGCAAUCCAGAAAUCAACACAUCUUAUUGAGGUUAAAAUGAUGAGUCUGUUUAUGCAAUGGGCUGUUAAAGGCGGAAACUGUGGUAUUGACUGCAAUUUCUUUCUUGAUUUCUUCACCCAGGAUGUCAUCGAAAACGCACCUCGCACACCAGGAAGCAGUCAAAAUCUGAAGAAGCCAGCUGAUCGUGUCAUGGAACAAUUUGGAAGCAAAUCAAACAAGGAAGUAUUCCGGAUGCUCAAACAAAGUAUCAAUGCAAUCAAAGGUGAUCUUUGGAGUUUGAAUGAAGCUCCGGGAGCACCAGGCUCCUGGCCAGAGCGGGUUCAGGAUGAUAACCCGCGUGGGGCAUUGAGUGUAAUCCGAGAGACAAUUUCGGUUUACAAUUAUCAGAACAUGCCCAAAGUUCUGAAACGCUUCAAAAUGGUUAAUGAUGGCAUUCGUGCUGAGCUGCACCGCACUUCAAAGGCAUACAAAGAUCAGAAAGGAGUGGACAUCGACCUUGUAGACUGUUGGGACCGCUUUUUCAAAUCCAGGAAGAAUCAAAUGAUAGAAACAGGCCGCAACUUUGUCAAUGAAGCGAUUGAGGGAAUGCGCACCAGAUGGACCCAAGAUUCAGACGCCAGUGUUGAGUGGAACGACCGAGCUCGUGCGGUCCGCGAUGCUCUUACAGAGCUGGAAGGCCACAUUGGGGAGAUUUACAUGGAUGAUCUCGAGCUUGAGGAACUCAGUUGA